CCCUCACCCACACACCCCUCUAAAAUUUCCGAUCUACUUUCGCCAAAAUGCAAAGCACAUCAAUCUCAUUUUCUCCAUCAAUUUCAAAUCCUACCUCUCUUUCACCUUCCCAUGUUAUGUAUCGAUAUGGUUCAGUUAAUUUUUUCAAAACACAUCCUAAACUUAAGUACUGUUCCAUUAACUUUUCUUCUUCAAAGUUGAAUGGAACAGGAUCAUGGAUUUCAGUUCCUUCUCGUGAACCGGAUGGAGCAUUAUCGGUUCGGGCCACGUCAGUGGUCGAAACCACCGGAGAGGCUCCUAAACCAGUGGGGGAGACUUUGUAUCUUGGAUUGCUUUUCGCCCUUUGGUAUAUAUUUAAUAUAUACUUCAACAUUUAUAACAAGCAGGUGCUGAAAGCAUUCCAUUACCCAGUUACAAUGACACUUGUGCAACUUGUUGUUGGCACUGCCCUCAUUAUUUUCAUGUGGACGUUCAAUCUGUACAAACGGCCAAAAAUCAAUGGUGCACAGCUUGCUGCAAUUUUUCCAUUGGCAGCGGUGCAUACGCUGGGCAACCUUUUCACCAACAUGAGUCUUGGAAAAGUUUCUGUAUCAUUCACACACACUAUUAAAGCUCUGGAGCCCUUCUUCUCAGUUGUCCUCUCUGCUAUGUUUUUAGGGGAGUUCCCUACAGUAUGGGUUAUUUCUUCCCUUGUACCAAUUGUUGGUGGAGUGGGACUGGCAUCUCUGACUGAAGUGUCAUUUAACUGGGCAGGCUUUUGGAGUGCAAUGGCCUCUAACUUAGCCAAUCAAUCCCGUAAUGUUCUCAGCAAAAAGAUUAUGGUUAAGAAGGAGGACUCAUUGGAUAAUAUAAAUCUCUUCUCAAUAAUCACAAUCAUGUCAUUAAUCUUGGUGGCCCCGUUUGCCUUUUUCAUGGAAGGCAUUAAGUUCACCCCUGCAUACCUUGAAUCUGCUGGUUUGAAUGUGAACCAGAUAUACACAAGGACUCUCCUUGCAUCUCUUUGCUUUCAUGCUUAUCAGCAGAUUUCAUACAUGAUACUGGAGAAGGUAUCUCCUGUUACCCAUUCUGUGGGUAAUUGUGUGAAGCGAGUGGUGGUCAUUGUGUCUUCUGUUCUCUUUUUCAGCACGCCUGUCUCCCCAAUUAACGCUAUCGGCACUGGAGUGGCACUUGCUGGAGUUUUCUUGUAUUCAAGAGUGAAGGGGAUCAAACCUAAGCCAAAGACAGCUUGAAGGUGAAGAGUUUUGCUGGGCAAUUAUAAUCAUCAAAUUACAAAUCAAACACACAUGGUAGUUUAGGCAGGAUCUUCAUUUAGUUUCUUAUACAUGUCAUUUUGGAUAGAGAUUUUCCUUUUCCUAGAGAGUCAUAUCAUUAUUUUCUGCUGAUUUGAUGAUUAUUCAUCAUUAUGUCGUCUUUGUUGCUGUUCAAACAGUUUGUAAUAUAUGUCUAGGACCAAAGUAGCUUCAAUGGAUCCUGUAAAAGAUACAAUUUCAUCCCCCCAAGGAAAUGAAGAUUUCUUGAAGUGGGGAGUUUGUAGAGUUACUAACCAUGGUAGACAGUUUAUACUCUCUACAGAUAAACAAUUGCCUUCGAAUU